AGUUUAUUUCAGUUCAAAUGAGCUCUACAAAAUGUUUCCUGCUCCUUGGCCCCAGCAAACGAGUUCAAAAGCCGCUGCUGCAACGACCAGAACCACAGUGCCAAGUGAUAAAUUGAUUAACGAAAAUGCUGUGCAAUUAAACAUUUGGCCCCAAUUGUAUGAAAAUUUAUGCAAAUCAAAGCCGAGCGAUGACUGCGUGGCGAGCCACAUCAAAAGGCCACAGGCAGCAGCAACUGCCGCAGCAGCAGAAGCAGCAGCAAGAAGCAGGAAGCGGCAGCAACAACAACCUAGUUGCCACAACGGCCACAACAACCACAUCGCGCCAUUGCAAUUUGCAUUUAAUUGUUGUGAUUAUCUUGGCCUGCUGCACACGCUGGCUCUAUGGCUUGCCGGAUGGCCGUGCCACCUGCCGAUCAGUGCCUGGAUUGACCAAGGAUCAAGUGGAGCUCUGCUACAAGGCCAGUGAUGUGACGGCGGCAGCUCUCGAAGGACUCGACAUGGCCAUACGGGAAUGCCAGAUUCAGUUUCAAUGGCAUCGCUGGAACUGUUCGUCGCUGAGCACAAAGAGCCGCAAUCCGCAUGCCUCCAGUUUGCUGAAGAAAGGCUACCGGGAGAGUGCGUUCGCCUUUGCCAUCUCCGCUGCCGGGGUGGCACACAGCGUGGCCCGCGCCUGCAGCCAAGGUCGUUUGAUGUCCUGCGGCUGCGACCCCACCAUCAAUCGCAAGACGCUGAACAAGAACCUGCGCCAGUCGCUGGACAAGGAGAAGAAGCAGUUUCUGCAGUACUUGGAGACCAACCAGAUACUAACGCCCGAGGAGGAGAAGAAGUACGAGCGCUCCAAGAUCGCCAGCCGCUGGAAGUGGGGCGGCUGCUCCCACAACAUGGACUUUGGUGUCGAGUACUCCAAGCUGUUCCUCGACUGCCGCGAGAAGGCCGGCGACAUUCAGUCGAAGAUCAAUCUGCACAACAAUCACGCCGGCCGGAUAGCCGUGUCCAACAACAUGGAGUUCCGGUGCAAGUGCCAUGGCAUGUCCGGCAGCUGCCAGCUGAAGACCUGCUGGAAAUCCGCACCCGACUUUCACAUUGUGGGCAAGGUGCUGAAGCAUCAGUUCCGCAAGGCCAUUCUCGUGGAUCAAUCGAAUCUGGGCAACGGCGAGCCCGUGGUCGUUUUGAAACGGGCGCGCAAUAAGAAAUCAAACGGAGGCAGCAACUCCGGCUCCACGUCCACCGAUCUGGACGGCGCGGAUGCAUCCGGUGGCCACGACGAUGGAGGAGCUGGUGACCCGGAGACGCGGCGACAUGAUGAGCUCGGUGUGGAGCGGGGCACGCGGCAACCGAACGCCGAUAAGAAUGCGGCACGAAUGGCCCGCAAACUGGAGACAUCGCUGUUCUACUAUCAGCGCUCGCCCAACUUUUGUGAGCGGGAUCUGGGUGCUGAUAUACAGGGCACAGUGGGACGAAAGUGCAACCGGAACACCACGACCAGCGACGGAUGCACCUCCCUCUGCUGUGGGCGUGGCCAUAGCCAGGUCAUCCAGCGGAGGGCGGAGCGGUGUCGCUGUAAAUUUCAAUGGUGCUGUAACGUGGAGUGCGAGGAGUGCCACGUGGAGGAGUGGAUUAGCAUAUGCAAUUGAGGACAAUGGAAAAGGACGAAGGACGCAGGACAACGCAUCGAUGAAGCGAUGGAGCCUCAUCCACAUGCUUAAGAAAAGACUUUUCUUCAUUCUAACAGAACUUAACACACAAAGAAAUCAGUAUUAAAGCAAAACAAAAAAAGAAACAUAACGUACGCAAUAGGGCAGACCAUCAA